AUCCUUGAAGAGGGUCAUCAUGCCUCGUGGUCAUAAGAGUAAGCUCCGCGCCCGCGAGAAACGCCGCCAGGCCCAAAGUGACACCCACAGUGUCCAGGGUGCUCAGGCCACUGCAGCAGAGGAGGAAGGGUCACCGUCCUCUUCCUCUCCUCCUUUCGGGGGGCCUCCCCAGAGCUCUCCUGCUUGCACUCCCCAGGGGUCUCAGAGAGCCCCAUCCACCACCACUCCUCCUGCAGCUGCUUCAGGCAGAAGAGCUCCUAGAGGGGUCGAGGGCCAAGAUGAGGGAGGUCCAAGUUCCUCUAUUUCCCGAGCCCCCAGUGAGAGGUCACGUAGAGACCCUCUAACCAGGAGGGUGAUCAUGUUGUCCCAGUUCCUGCUGUCCAAGUAUGAAAUGCAAGAGCGCGUUACGAAGGGAAAAAUGAUGAAGAUCAUCAACAAAAGGUACAAGGAGCACUUCCCUGAGAUCCUGAGGCGAGCCUCUGAGUACAUCGAGGUGGCCUUUGGCCUUGACGUGAAGGAAGUCGAUUCCAAAGGUCAGUCCUAUACCCUUGUCAGCAAAUUAGAGAUCACUGAGGAAGAGAAUCUGAGUGGUGGCAAUGGGUUUCCCAAGACCGGGCUCCUGAUGCCUCUCCUGGCCAUGAUCUACACGAGUGGAAACCGUGCCACCGAGGAAGAGAUGUGGGAAUUCCUGAAUGCCCUGGGUGUGUACGAUGGGAAGACGCACUUCAUCUUUGGGGAGCCCCGGAAACUCAUCACCAAAGAUUUGGUGCAGGAAAAGUACCUGGAGUACCGGCAGGUGCCCAACAGUGAUCCUCCAUGCUACGAAUUCCUGUGGGGUCCCAGAGCUCAAUCUGAAGCCACCAAGAGAAAAGUCCUGGAGUUUUCGGCCAAGGUCAAGGAUACGUAUUCCAAUGCCUUCCAGGUCUUCUAUGAAGAAACUUGGGGAGAUGAGGAAGAGAGAGCCGCAGGCAGAGAAUGGGCUGGGACUAGUGUCACGGAGAGUCCAGCAGGCCCUCCCAACCCUACAGAAGGGCCUCAGAGCAUCCCGCCCACCACCACUGCUGCUGCAGCUGCUUCGGGCACAAGAGCUGCUGGAGGAGCCGAGGGCCAAGAUGAGGGAGGUCCAAGUUCCUCUGUGGCCCCAGCCCCCACUGAGAGGUCUCAAAGAGACCCUGUAACCCGGAGGGUGAGCACGUUGUUGCAGUUUCUGCUGUACAAAUAUAAAAUGAAAGAGCCCAUUACGAAGGCAGAAAUGAUGAAGAUCAUCAACAAAAGGCACAAGGAGCACUUCCCUGACAUCCUGAGGAGAGCCUCUGUGCACCUGGAGGUGGUCUUUGGGCUUGACCUGAAGGAAGUCGACUCCAAAGGUCAAUCCUAUGGCCUUGUCAGCAAAAUGGAGAUCGCCAAGGAAGAGAAUUUUAUUGGUGGCAAGGGGUUUCCCAAGAAUGGGCUCCUGAUGCCUCUCCUGGGCAUGAUCUACAGGAAUGGGGACUGGGCCACUGAGGAGGAGAUGUAG